AUGGCAAAUUUGGCAAUUACAAACUGUGGUCGUUCGCUGAUGGAGCCAUCGCAUUUGGUAGAUGCUUUACCGUAUUUGGAUAUAGAUUACGAUGAAAAUGAUCGCAGAAUGGCUUUACAGCUGAUUGAGAAUGAAACACAAAUAUUUCGGCCAACAAAAAAUUAUUUGCAACAAUUACCAGUGCCGGAUUUUGAUGUAUUUUUAACAAAUUGCCUCAUCAAUGAACAUUCCCGAAUGGCAAAAAAACAGGAGAUGCAAAAGUUGGAUAUGUCAAGAUGUGAAUUGUCCUGUCCAUCAACUACAGGUCGACAAGGUGACAAAACUUCAUGGCGAAAAGCUAUUCGAAAUGCUGCUGCGCAAAAUGAACAUCUUUUACUGAGGAAUCUUAAUUUACAAUUAAUGGAAGAUUAUGCGCCUGAAAUGUAUCUUAAAUUUAAUAAGCGACUUGAAGAUUUACUUCAUCAUGAAGAAAAAUAUUUACGAAAGAUGCGAGAAGAAGUGAUGGACAUACAUUCAAGAAGACGAAAUAGUCAAGUUGAAGCAGGGCGCAAAUUAAAAGAAUUAGAAACGAAAUGGGUUGAAAUGGUGACAAAAAAUUAUAAAAUGGAACUUGCUUGUGGCGAGUUAGCUGUCGAAAAUAAGGCCUUAUCAAAAAAAUCGAAAUUAUUAUAA